AAGGGGAGUGACUUUAAAUCCGCCCCCAGCGCGCACGUAUGGGCGCACGCUGUGACGUGCGGGCUAACGGGGAUCUUAAUGCGGCGCUUCUUAGGUCCUGAGCUCGAAUAUAUGUGAAUUUUGAACCCAGUAUGGCUCAGAAGAGGAGCUCGAGUGGGCGGUCAUUCCCAUUGCUGCUGCUGAUUAUUGUUGUGGCCUUUGUUCAUUUAACUGUCUGUCCUUUUACAAAAGUGGAGGAAAGCUUUAACCUACAAGCCAUCCAUGAUGUGGUGUACCACCAACUGGACUUGGAUAAGUAUGACCAUCAUGAAUUUCCUGGAGUUGUCCCAAGAACGUUCCUUGGACCAAUUUUUAUUGCUGCUCUUUCCAGCCCAGCUAUAUAUGUACUUUCUGUGCUAAGAAUGUCCAAGUUUUACUCCCAGCUGAUAGUCCGAGGAAGCUUGGGGCUAAGUGUGAUUUACACAUUAUGGAAGUUGCAGAAAGAAGUUAGAAAGCAGUUUGGAGCAACUACAUCAACAGUCUUCUGUCUCAUCACUGUUACUCAGUUUCAUUUGAUGUUUUACUGUACACGAACCCUCCCUAAUGUGUUUGCACUUCCUUUUGUGCUCCUGGCAUUGACAUUUUGGAUACAGCAAAAGCAAAGGCCAUUCAUUUGGUUCUCAGCUUUGGCAAUUAUAGUCUUCAGAUCAGAGCUCUGCAUAUUCUUAGGCCUCGUGCUCCUGGUGACGUUAUUAACAAAAAGAAUCUCCAUUUUCAAGGUGCUUUCCCAUGCUGUUCCUGCUGGAAUUUUUUGGUUGGGGCUAACAGUUGCUGUGGAUUCUCUGUUUUGGAGGCAACUUGUGUGGCCUGAGGGGAAAGUGCUCUGGUAUAACACAAUUUUAAACAAAAGUUCCAACUGGGGAACCUCCCCCUUCUUGUGGUAUUUCUAUUCAGCCCUGCCUCGUGCUUUGGGAUGCAGCAUUAUAUUUGUACCUUUAGGUGUAGCAGAAAAGAGAACUCGGAUAUUACUUUUGCCAGCACUGGGCUUUAUUUUCUUGUAUUCAUUUCUCCCACACAAAGAGCUGCGUUUUAUCAUAUAUACUUUCCCUGUCUUCAACAUAGUGGCUGCUAAAAUGUGCUCACGAAUUCUGAAUAACUACCGGAAAUCGUGGCUUUACAAACUUGGAUCUUUCUUUGUUAUAAUGCAUCUUCUAGUUAAUGCUGCUUAUUCAGGAACAUCUUUAUAUGUUUCACAUUUCAAUUAUCCUGGAGGAGUGGCAAUUCAGAAGUUGCAUGAGUUGGUACCUUCAACAGCAGACGUCUCUGUUCAUAUUGAUGUGGCUGCAGCACAAACAGGAGUUUCUCGGUUUCUAGAAAUCAAUUCAGAUUGGAGGUAUGACAAAAGAGAAGACGUUAAACCAGGAGACCAGUUGAUGUUUUCUUACACACACAUAUUGAUGGAAACAAACCCUCUUCAAAUAUCACAUUACAAGACAACGCACAGGCCACUGGCAAAUAUACCUGGCAUCAGUAAAAUUGGGUUGAACCUUACUGCACUACCUCCUUUUACUUUAAAUUUGAAACCAAAAUUAGUACUGUUGGAAAAACUUCCUCUAUCAUCUUGACUGUGAAUUUUAAAUAAUGUAUUAGAGGACCUGAUCUGGUGGGGUGGAGCCUGCUGCCCUGUGGGUGGCUGUUGCUGUUGCGCAGGCUUCCUCAGGCUGAGCAGAUCUGGCAAAGGCAACCUGCAGAACGUGUUGGUCCGGUCUCUGGCUGCUCUUGAAAUUGAAAUCACUCAAGUAUUAUCUAUUUGACUUGUCUUUGGAAGAAAACUCAGCUUCCUCCAGAGCCAGUUUGAACAUCAAACAAUUCACAAGAGACAGAAGGAAGUACAUGUGCAAAUAGCUGAGAAUUUGGAACAAUACAAAGGAAAACUUUUGAGUAAGGAUGUAGGCCCUGAUAUUAAGCCUAAUUAUUGACUUUAUGUAACUCCCCCACACUGUAAUCCACAACUCAAGAACCUAAACUAAAAUUUAUUCUGCCAAAGUGUAGACAAAUGUCUGCACUGCUGAAGUUAGGUGUAUAGUUAACUCUAGCUUUCCAAAUCCCUGGUUGUCAGAAUCCCUCUGCAGAAACUUGCUUCUGUUAACUACAGAGAAAACUUAGGGCUAUUAUGCUUGUAAUAUAGGCAUCUCAAGCUAGUGCCUGAAGUGGCACAGAAUGUGGACAGUAGGCAUCUGAAAAGUUUAAUCUUGCUGAAUGUCAGACACACAUAGCUGAUUUGGUUCCGGUGUCUGGGUGCUACCUGUUGGACUUACUUACACUGGUGAUGGUUCAGCUGUGGUAGUAGUGUGUACUACUGCUCACAGCCAAUGAAAAUAGAAGCUAUAAGCUCAAACUGGCCUGUUUAGUGUAUUUGGGGUAGAGAAAGGUAAAAUACAUACAAGGAGACAGGAAAGAGAUACUGGAUUGUAGUUUUGAACAGUGUCUGAAGUUUAUUUAGGUCCUAUUGCAUAUGCGGUUCUUGAAAAGUGCUUAGUUUUAAGAUGUGCAACCUGUUUGGGUUUGUAGACGAAGGGCUAGAUCAUGACGCAUGCAGUGCAUGCAGCACCGUAGCACCAGUGGCUGUAUGAAUUCUGUGACAGCAUGGGUAACCCCCUCCAACAUAGGCCAUGAAUAUUAUGGUAGCCCACACCUGCAAUAAGAAGGGGCAGCUGUCAAACUGGGAUGAAGAUUACUGCAGUUUUUCCCCAAAGGCUGCUUUCAAUAAACAAACAGUCCUUGGAAUAGAAACUAAAGCCAUCUCUCUCUUAAAUGAAUCUUCUCAUCUCUAAAAGUCCUGUGUUUUCUUUCUUUAGCUCCACAAGAAACAUAGAGCUUAUUUUCUCCUUUAAUAUAGAGUAAUAAUUCAGUGUACUUGCAUGGAAGAAAGAAAGUGUGGGUUUAAGUUCCCUUAGAUGUAAGAGGGCAUUAAGGAAGUCUCUCACCCCUUCUACAAACUUGAAGUGGGGUAUUACAAAUUCUUCUGCAUUUGGGGGGCAUAGGGGGAAGCCUCAAGUUACUGCAUGAACGGUGCAGGUAAGAGAGACUCUGAAAACUUACUUGGUGGAAUUUUUGAAGGGACUUUAAUAAAUUUCUCAUGACUAUUCAAGUUCUUAAAAGAAAAAUUCCUUUCAUCUUGACUGAUUACAAACAACCCUAUCUUACAGUAUAGCUUUUCUUAAUAAAAGCAGAAAUAGGGUGAGUGUAUUCAAAUAACUGAGGGUUGAGUUAACCUGAAUAAAGCAAAAGACAGAUAGUACAGUCCAUCUACAAAUUGUAACAUCUGUGACAUUUAAACAGAAAAUGGAGUUGUAAAUAAAAUGCAUUUAACAUGUAUAAUGCUGCUGUAGAAUGAGAUUUAUUUUAGGAUGUCUUGUUAAACUCCCCAAAGGUCAAACGUUGCGUAGCGUCAUGCAUUGCCUUUUGAAGUUUGACUUAAUUUCUAACAAGCAGCGUUUGUUCCUGUAAAGAGCAAGGCUAACAAAUGAUUUGGACACAAACAUGUCACCGUGUCAUUUCACCCAGAGAUGGUGAAUAAUCAGUCUUAUAGCCUGAGAUUUAGGACACCCUGUGUUAUAAAACUAAAUAAAGUAACUGCAUGAAAAAAGUUGUGGAACUCACUGAUAAGAGGACAUUUUUGGAUGCUGAAAGUAAAAGCUGCUUCAAAAUAGGGUUAAACAGAUCACUCUCCCAUCAAGAACUAAACGAACCAAAGAUCAACUUCCAGUUCACAAUCUCUAAAUAACAGAGUGUUCAGAGCUGGGAAAAAAUAACAGACUAUUUACCUUAUACCUGCCCUAAGUGCUUGCUCUGGGUCUCUCAAGAGCGAAUUUGGGGUGAGGGGACCUGGAGAAUGGUUGUAUUGGA